AUGCCAUCGUCCAAAGGUGAACCUACCGAUCCGCAAUUGCGAGAGAAGGUGAAAGAGGAGGUGAAGUCAGAGGAGAAAGGGGGCGGUCCUGGAAAGUGGUCAGCUUGGAAAGCUGGAGAGAUGUCCAAACGUUACGAAGCAGAGGGCGGCGACUACAAGGAUACUGGUGAUAACAAGAACAAAGCGAAGAAGGGCGAACCGGAAAGGAAGGCAGAUAAAUAA